CCCGGAGAACCAAAAAAUGUCAACUACCUUUCCAGGUCUCGUCCACGAUGCAGAGAUACGUCAUGACGGAUCAAACAGUUACCGUUUGAUGCAGCUUGGAUGCCUGGAAUCUGUGGCCAACUCGACCGUCGCCUAUUCCUCCUCAUCUCCUCUCACUUACUCUACCACGGGCACCGAGUUCGCCUCCCCGUACUUCUCCACUAACCACCAGUACACCCCACUGCACCACCAGUCCUUCCACUACGAGUUCCAACACAGCCACCCGGCAGUCAACCCCGACGCUUACUCCUUGAACUCUCUCCAUCACUCUCAGCAAUAUUACCAGCAGAUUCACCAUGGGGAACCCACUGAUUUUAUCAACCUGCACAAUGCGCGGGCGCUUAAGUCCUCUUGCUUGGAUGAGCAGAGGAGAGAGCUGGGGUGCUUAGAUGCUUACCGCCGCCACGACCUGUCUCUUAUGAGCCAUGGAUCCCAAUAUGGGAUGCAUCCAGAUCAAAGACUCCUGCCAGGACCAAGCCUCGGGCUUGCAGCCUCGGGAGCAGACGAUUUGCAGAGCUCAGUGGAGGCCCAGUGUGGACUGGUACUGAACGGGCAAGGAGGUGUGAUAAGAAGAGGUGGCACCUGUGUUGUUAACCCCACCGACCUGUUCUGCUCUGUUCCUGGUCGCUUAUCUCUGCUCAGCUCCACUUCAAAGUACAAAGUGACCAUUGCAGAGGUGAAGAGGCGCCUUUCACCACCAGAAUGCCUCAAUGCUUCCCUCUUAGGAGGUAUUUUGAGAAGAGCAAAAUCCAAGAAUGGAGGACGUUGCUUGCGAGAAAAAUUAGACAGACUGGGACUGAAUUUGCCUGCAGGAAGAAGAAAAGCAGCAAAUGUCACACUCUUGACUUCCUUGGUAGAAGGGGAAGCAUUACAUUUGGCCAGGGAUUUUGGCUACACCUGUGAAACAGAAUUCCCUGCCAAGGCGGUAGGAGAGCACAUUGCAAGACAGCACAUGGAACAGAAAGAGCAGACAGCGAGGAAAAAGAUGAUCCUAGCGACAAAACAAAUAUGUAAAGAAUUCCAAGACCUUCUAAGUCAAGACAGAUCACCCCUCGGAUCCUCCAGACCGACUCCAAUACUAGACCUCGACAUCCAGAGACAUUUAACACAUUUCAGUUUGAUCACUCACGGUUUUGGAACUCCUGCAAUAUGUGCUGCUCUAAGCACUUUCCAAACUGUUCUCAGUGAAAUGCUGAACUACUUGGAAAAACACACAUCGCACAAAAACGGAGGAGCAGCAGAAUCCGGCCAAGGACACGGCAACUCAGAGAAAGCCCCCCUGCGGAAAACUUCAGAGGCUGCUGUGAAAGAGGGCAAAACAGAAAAGACAGACUAGCUACAUCAAACAGAAUCUAUUUCAAGAAGAGUCUUGCUGCUGAUAUUUUUUUUAAAUAUAUAUAUCAUUGAGGGUGAUUUAUCUCCAGUGGACCGAACCCAAAAAAAGGGGGGAAAAAGGAAAAGGAAAAAUAAAAAAGAAAGGAAAAAAAAAUUUAAAAAAAAGAAAACAAAAAAGAGAAUGAUUAAAACAGAGAGAAAGAGAGAGCGUGAGAGAGGAAAGUAUUCAACCCUAAGAAGAGCAGUGUACAGUAAUUGUGUGAUGAAAUUGUCACUUUUUUUUAAAUUUAUGUUGCUCUAAACUACUUUUUUGUGCACGUAGUAUUUGAUUGUUCUGAAUAAUACACUAACACUGUUUUUUAUAAGCACUUCUGGACUUGGCUGAGGCAGCACAUGAAAUUAGAAGCACUUUCUUUUCUGGCAGCACAGUUAGGGCCAGUGCAUCAGUGGUGGGACACACAGUUCCAGCAUCCUGACUUUGCUUGCAUGCUGGAUAGAUUAAAAGAAGGGCUUCCUCUGAUCCAUUGGAAAUGCCUGAUCUGCUGUCCAUUGGGAAAACAAUAUGGAAACCUUGCAAAAGAGGAAUUCUUGGGUCAAGGGACAAAUGAACCAUUGGGGGGCUGCUUAUCCCCCAGUGGGAAUGUACAAUAAAGCUGUACUGGAAUGAGGCCACAGCCUGUUGGGAAUCUGUCUUGACCAUUGAAGCAACAGCCGUGGUGUCUCUUGUGAAAAGAGCAUCUCAGGCUAAAAUGAAAAAAAAAACAACCCUGAGAGUUUCAAUAAGAGCCUUGAUCCCCCUGUGAACUUCAGAUCAAAUCACAGUACGGGCUUCUGUCCUCUCUCUUCUCAGCCCCUGCUCCCACAACACUACAAUCUACCAUACCUGGGUCUCUGUUCAACAGGAUCAAUGCAGGCAACUGGAGUCACCUUUUGUGUUGCAUUGGUUUUAUUAUGCUUGUUGUGUUUUUUUUAACAGCUUGUUUCUGCAGCUUUAUGGUCUAGAAAUCCAGCUGAGGUGCAGAGGUCUAACAGAAUCCAGUCCCUUACCAAGAAGAAAAUAAAGACAAAAUUACAAAUAAGACAGAUAUUGGCUUGGUCCACAGUAGCUAAGCAGUAAUAACCUUGCUAAUGUACUUUUGAGACUCUACUUAACCACCUACCACACAUCCUCACACAUUGGAGGCAUAGUUUGAGCUCAAGUCUCUUUGACUCAAAGAGGCUUUUUCCAGCCAUUUUCUAACUUCUUUGAGACAACAUUUAUUCAAUUCCUUUUCUUGUUUCUCUACCAUCACUUUAUUGAAAAAGUUAGGAAGGACAGGUAUUAGACAAUUGAGUUUAUAUUGGCCAUCUAAAUUCCUUUUAAGAUCAGCAGAAUUUGAACUUUUCUUACAAGGUACAGUUAAUCUCUUUCUAUAGUAGGAAAUAAUACAGUUGUCCACGUAUAAGUGUUUAGAGCCACUUGAGAUGUUUUAGGGAUGACAUGAUGCCUAUAGGAGAAUUGGACUCAUCUA